UUACUUCCGGUUCACAAUAGUUCACAUGAUCAUUGAGUCUGUAUGGUUAUAUGGUCAAUAGUGUUAUUUACAUUAGAGUUAUGAUAUUUUCGUUGGUUCGUUGAUGUUGUACAUGUCUGUUUAUAUAUUGAUACAGACGUAAACACUCAGACACAUCGUUUAAUUAGUUCUAAAAAGCAAAACAACCUACCACAACUCAUUAUAAAUUGAAGAAUUGCGUGAAAUUAAGUAAACAUGGCGAGCUUACGUGGACAAGAAAUUGUCAGUGUUAUAUCAAACAUUGAAGAUUUAGAGAAAGGUGCUCAAACAGCCACUAGUACACUGCAGAGACAUGCUAAUGAUAUCAGAGCUAACCGUAUCAACUGGCAAUGUUACCUUCAGGGCCAGAUGAUCUCCCAGGAAGACUACAUGUUUGUCUCAAAGUUUGACCAAAACAACAUCGAGGUUAAGAAACGCAUGUUAGCUGAAACCCCCAUGCAGUUUGCUAAAACAUUCAUUAAUUUAAUGAACCACAUUGCCAAAGAUCAAACCUUGCAAUAUAUUCUCACCGUUUGUGAUGACAUUCUGAAGGAGGACAAGUCUUAUGUCGAGAUCUUCAGAGAUUACGCUCGCAAGAACAGGGAGUCAGUUUGGACCCCUUUCCUGCACCUUCUGAAUAGAAGUGAUCGAUUCAUAGUUAACCAGACCAGCAGAAUUAUUGCCAAAAUUGCUUGUUGGGGUAAAGAACCAAUGGAUAAAAGUGACUUAGAAUUUUAUCUUAACUGGCUGAAAGAUCAACUGAAACUCCCUAACAAUGAAUAUCUACAGACUGCAGCCCGUUGUCUUCAGAUGAUGCUCAGGAUUGAACUGUACAGAAAGGCCUUUGUUGACGUUGAUGGCAUUUCAACUAUCGUCACUGUCCUGGCUGGAAGCAAAGUUGGGUUCCAGAUCCAGUACCAACUAAUCUUCUGUCUCUGGUCUUUGUCAUUUAGUCCAAAACUUGUGGAGAAAAUGAACAAAUACAAUAUUAUUGAAAUUUUGUCUGAUAUUCUCAGUGAAUCAGUUAAAGAGAAAGUCAGCAGGAUCAUUUUAUCAACAUUCCGGAACCUUCUAGAGAAAACUAGUGAGAAUGACGUCAUUCAAGAACAUGCUUUGGCCAUGGUACAAUGCAAAGUACUGAAGCAGCUGGAAUUAAUUGAAGCCCGCAAGAAUGAGGAUCCAGAGUUUGAGGAUGACUUGAAAUAUUUACAAGAGAAAUUGUUGGCUUCUGUCCAAGACUUAAGUUCAUUUGAUGAAUAUUCUAACGAAGUAAAAUCUGGCCGCCUUGAAUGGAGUCCUGUGCACAGAUCUGAUCGGUUCUGGCGAGAAAAUGCAAUGAGGUUGAACGAAAAGAACUAUGAGCUUCUUAAAAUCUUAGUUCGAUUACUUGAAAGCAGCAAGGAUCCACUUAUUCUCUCAGUAGCAGCUCAUGAUUUUGGUGAAUACGUGCGCUACUACCCCCGAGGGAAGAAUGUGAUUGAAAAACUUGGUGCCAAACAGCUUGUGAUGCAAUACCUCACACAUGAAGAUCCGAAUGUUCGCUACGAAGCCCUCAUAGCUGUCCAAAAACUGAUGGUACAUAACUGGGAAUAUCUUGGCAAACAACUUGAAGGAAGAGAACCAGUGUCAUCACAGCCUGGACUGGCUGCAGUGAAGGGUUAAACAAUUAUAACUGAUUAGCUUUUGCAAUAAAAGCUUUAAUUAAGCAGCAGGAUCAGCCUCUUUGAAAAUACAUCAUGUGCAUCAACAGAAUUGAAUGUGUGUAUAUGUAGAUAAAUGUAUGUGUGUGUGUGGGUGGGUGGGUGUACAUGAAUGUAUAUAAUAAUGGUAGAUAUGUAUGUUCGUACAAUAGUUUCAAAAUACAGUAAAAGAUAACUUGGUUUUUAACUGUCAAAGCAAUUAUACUUUCAAAAAUUUAAAAUUUGAAUGACUAUGGAAAAUGAAAUACUUUUCUUCUUAAUGGGGUGGAUUUCAUUUCUUUGCCAUUUGAUGUCUUUAUGGUCUAAAUUAACACCAGAAAGACACUGUAACAUGAAAAUACAUUUACCAUCUGUUUUUAUAUAUAUAUAUAUAAUGAAAUGAUUCCAAAGAGAGAGGUCUGUUUUCCUGCAGAGUAAAAAGAAAGAUUUAAACCAAACAGAAAAUGAAAGGAAGUUAUCUCAAAGAGGUUUUUAAAGGAAAAAAAAUAUAUUCAAAGCCAAAAAAGUGGAAAAUAUGGAAGAAAUGGCUUGUUUAUUGUUCUGUUAUUUAAAUUGUUAUUAUUAGAAUUGUUAGAUGAUAAUGGUGGUGAUGAUGAAGAUGAUGUUGAUGAUGUUAUUGUUUCCAGCCUUUUCCGUAGUUGGUGUGGUGAUGGUGAUGACAACUGUUGUAGUUUCUUGCAUUCCAUUUCUCUAUUCUUAUCAUUAGCAGUAUUUAUCUGAAACUAAGAUUAAAACAAUGCAUCUUCAAUGUCUGAUUAAAACUGUAAAAUCUAUGGCAGUCAAAAUUGAGGAUUUGAAAAUUCUUCAGGGAGUAUUCUAGAUUGCUUUUUCUUUGUUGUUCAUUCCUUCUCCU